CUAUAUCUACUAACGUCUUAAGUAUAGUAGAAGAAGAAAGGCUAGCUACUACUAGUUCUAGUAAGGAGAAGGUACUUAACGUUAAAGAACUAGAUAAUACACUAAUAAAGGCUAUUAUUAAAGCUAGUGCGUCUAUUAAGAAUAACUAUAGUAAAAGUAGUCUAGAUAAGGACAAGAAGUUUAGUAGGGAACUAGGCGUAGGCUAUCUAGCUAUAGGUAAAUACUUUAUUCUUAACGUUAAGGGUUACUACAAGGGUAAAGAGGACAUAGUUAAGGUCAAGGUCUAUAAGAUUCUAUUAAGUAGUAUUAAUUUAGUUAAAGAGGAGAGUAGUAGGGCUAACUUAAGAGGAAGUAGAUAUAAGAAGAGAAAAGAAUAUAAUAAUAGUAGUAGAGAGCCUAGAGGAAGAGGUUAUAUAGAGCUAUACAGUAGGAGGGAGAAAGAGGAUAUAAAAGAAAGAUAUAUUUAUUAG